AUGCACGGACCCACCUGGCCAGCCAAGUUCCAAGACACCUGGAUGCGGCAUGAUAAGCACGAGUGUGACUGGCAUUUUGAAAAGGUCGAUUGCUAUGUGGAAGCCGAAGCUGAUGCCGAGCAACACUGCAAUGACAUCGCCGCCUGCAAUGACAACCGAGAAAUCAUUGCCAUUUCCUUGCGUGGGUUGGGCCUGACUGAUCACUUUCAUUCCAUCCAUGUGCCCGCGGAGGUCUACCAUUGCUUGCCAUCUAUGGAACGAUUCUCACUUAUUGGAAACUCCAUUAAUGCCACCAUUGAACAGUUCUUGCCGGAUGACAUUUUCCGACUCCCCUAUCUUAUUGAGCUCAACUUGCGAAACAACUAUUUAGUGGGAAACAUUCCCACUCAACUUGGUUGGAUGAGCAACCUUCAAUUUUUCUCAUUGGCAGGCAAUUGGUUGUCCGGCAGCCUGCCCACGGAAAUGGGGCAAAUGGCCAGUGCGAAGGAAGUGUACUUGUGGCACAACCGCUUGUCGGGAAGUAUCCCAUCCGAGUUUGGGUUACUCACCAACAUGGAGGACAUGGAGCUUUUGGGCAAUGUGCUCACGGGAAAGAUCCCCACUGAGCUCACACGAAUGACCAAUGCCCAAAUGCUCCACAUGCAAAUGAAUCUAUUCACAGGACACAUCCCAAGUGAAUUUGGAACCAUGCCCCGCUUGACUUCCUUGUCGCUCCGACAAAAUUCCCUCACCGGAACCAUUCCAUCCCAGCUGGCGGGUCUCUCCGGGCUGAAGGUGCUUCGGUUGGAACACAACGACUUGACCGGAAGUAUUCCCGAAGAAUUCAACGCCUUGGCUGCCGACUUGGUUCGAAUCACGAUGAAUGGCAAUCGAUUGAUCGGAAUGGUCCCGGAAGAAUUGUGCUCGCUGGGAGUUUACGAUCCCGUCAAUCGAACCGGUUUGGCCAUUGAUUUUUUCGGAACGGAGCAUACGCGUGAUUGCUACGUGGAAGAAGAAGAUGUCGAUGCCGAGCAACACUGCAACACCCUUACCUCCUGCAAUGACAACCGAGAAAUCACUGCCAUUUCCUUACGUGGAUUGGGCCUGACUGAUCACUUUCAUUCCCUCCACGUUCCUCCCGAAGUGCACCAUUGCUUGCCCUCUCUGGAAAGGUUCUCGCUGAUUGGAAAUUCCAUCAAUGCCACCAUGCAACAGUUGUUGCCCGAUGAAAUCUUUAGACUCCCUUAUCUCAUUGAGCUCAACUUGCGAAGCAACUACUUGGUCGGAAACAUUCCCAGUCAACUCGGUUGGAUGAGCCAUCUCCAAUAUUUGGCUUUGGGGGGUAAUUGGUUGUCCGGCCACAUGCCCACGGAAAUGGGACAAAUGGCUAGUGCCAAGGAAGUGUACUUGUGGCACAACCGCUUGUCGGGGAGUAUCCCCACCGAGUUUGGGCUGCUCACCAGCAUGGAGGACAUGGAGCUUUUGGGCAAUGUGUUCACGGGAAAGAUCCCCACCGAGCUCACACAAAUGACCAACACCCAAACACUCCACAUGCAAAUGAAUAAGUUCUCGGGACACAUCCCAAGUGAAUUUGGAACCAUGCCCCGCUUGACCUCCUUGUCGCUCCGACAAAAUAUCCUCACUGGAACCAUUCCGUCCCAGCUGGCCGAUCUCUCUGGGCUGCAGGUGCUUCGGUUGGAAAACAACGAUUUGACUGGGCGUAUUCCCCAAGAAUUCAACGCCUUGGCUUCACACUUGGUGCGAAUCACCAUGAAUGGCAAUCGAUUGUCCGGAAUGGUCCCCGAAGAAUUGUGCUCGCUGGGAGCUUAUGAUUCCGUCAAUCGCACUGGUUUAGGCAUUGAUAUGUAUGGAACGGAGCAUACGGUUUGUGGCUGCAAUUGGUGCCCUUGUGAUGUGGCGGCCAACACGUCUCAUUUGCGAGGAAGGAAUCUGGCAGCCGGUCCUUAA